ACGCGCUCUUGGUAGCAGGGCGCGCGCUCGCGGUUGUCGGUGGCGCGGAGAGUCAGGCAGUCGCGCGGAGUGAUCGAGAUUAACGGGCAGCGGAGCGGGGGGGGGGCUUUUCCCUUUACAGCAAAUUCAACAUCGCUAAUUGUGAGCUAAGCGGUGCGGCACCGGAGCGAUCCCCUCUCCCUCUCCCUCUCUCUCUGUCUCUCUCUUUCCUAUUCUUUUAUACGUUUUUCAUUUGGGUUUUUUAAUUAAAAAAUAUAUAUAUAUAUCUUUACCAGUUACCUCCUUCGCUUACCGCCCCCUCCUCUUCAUCUACCCCCCUCAGGCUGCACCACAACAGGCAACAAUCAGACCAAUGGCAAACCGAUGGCAGGCGAUGCAAACUAGCUUAGCCGGAGAAAGCUAACCAGCGGAGGAAGAGCCUCAAGAUUAGUGUCUGUGGAGGAGAAACGGAGACCACUACCACAGGAAAAACGACGGAAAUCCAGGACACCGGCUUUAGAUUUACAUUUUUGCGGGGAUAAAAGAAAAGAGACAGCGGCUAGCAGAGAAGCCCGGGGACUAUCUGUCUUAUAGAGUCGGACUCGAGAAAUUUUUACCUCAGCGACCGCAGCCGGGACUCGCCUCAGCCUGAGCCUGGGAUCUGCUCCGAGGAUUUCAUUUCACACAGAAAAUACAGCUCGGUGGUUUUUAUUUUUAUUCUGAGGGGUUUAAAUCAUUAUUUCUAAAACACGAAAAUUGAUCACCGGUCGCACCCGUGAGAGGGGUGUCGGUGUUCGGGGGGAGGGGGGGGUCCCGAUUUUUUCGGCCGGUUUUUCCGCGGGUUUUUUCUGUGGAGCUUUAGGACGGAGGCGAGCAGAUCUCACGCCGCUGCUAAUGGCUGCUGCUGCUGCCGCCGCCGCCGCUUCGGGAACCUGGGAACGAACCGCCGCCGCCUGAGGUUCAGGAUGUAUGCCCCCCUCCUCGUCCCUGUGUUUCUCCCCCGCUGAGCGAAACAUGUCGAGCCAGCACACUCAUCCUGGAUUAAGCAACAUCCAGUCCAUGGCAGAACAGCAGCAGGUGCUGUCUGAUAUGACCAUUCUGCAGAGGAGGAUUCCCCCGAGUUUCAGAGACCCUGCGAGUGCGCCGCUCAGAAAACUUUCUGUUGAUCUCAUCAAGACUUACAAGCACAUCAAUGAGGUGUACUACACUAAAAAGAAGCGACGUGCGCAGCAGGUUCCGCCCGAGGACUCGAGCACCAAGAAAGAGCGGAAAGUUUACAACGACGGCUACGACGACGACAACUACGACUACAUCGUAAAGAACGGGGAGAAGUGGCUCGACCGCUACGAAAUCGACUCGCUCAUCGGCAAGGGCUCCUUCGGACAGGUGGUGAAGGCGUACGAUCACCACGAGCAGGAGUGGGUGGCCAUCAAGAUCAUCAAGAAUAAGAAAGCCUUCCUGAACCAGGCACAGAUCGAACUGCGGCUUCUGGAACUCAUGAACAAACACGACACUGAGAUGAAGUACUAUAUAGUCCACUUGAAGCGGCACUUCAUGUUUCGUAAUCAUCUGUGUCUGGUAUUUGAGCUGCUCUCCUACAACCUGUACGAUCUGCUGCGUAACACUAAUUUCCGCGGCGUGUCGCUCAACCUGACGCGGAAGUUCGCUCAGCAGCUGUGCACGGCGCUGCUCUUCCUGGCCACGCCCGAGCUCAGCAUCAUCCACUGCGACCUGAAGCCCGAGAACAUCCUGCUGUGUAACCCCAAACGCAGCGCCAUCAAGAUCGUCGACUUCGGCAGCUCCUGUCAGCUCGGGCAAAGGAUUUAUCAGUACAUACAGAGUCGGUUCUACCGUUCUCCGGAGGUGUUGUUAGGAAUGCCGUAUGAUCUGGCCAUCGACAUGUGGAGUCUCGGCUGCAUCUUGGUGGAGAUGCACACAGGGGAGCCACUGUUCAGUGGCUCUAAUGAGGUGGAUCAAAUGAAUAAGAUUGUAGAGGUGCUUGGCGUUCCUCCGAACCACAUGCUGGAUCAGGCGCCUAAAGCACGCAAAUACUUUGAUAAGCUCUCAGACGGCCUGUGGACCGUCAAGAAGAACAAGGACAUAAAGAAGGUACUUUAUCCUUCAGCCUCUGAGUAUAAACCUCCUGCAACGCGGCGUCUCCAUGAGAUUUUGGGGGUGGAGACCGGGGGUCCUGGGGGAAGGCGGGCCGGGGAGCAAGGCCACGCCCCUUGCGAUUACCUGAAGUUUAAGGACCUGAUCCUGCGCAUGCUGGACUACGAUCCUAAAACGCGCAUCACGCCGUUCUACGCCCUGCAGCACAACUUCUUCAAAAAGACCACAGACGAGGGAACAAACACCAGCAGCUCCACCUCCACCAGCCCGGCCAUGGACCACAGCCACUCCACCUCCACCACCAGCUCCGUGUCCAGCUCUGGUGGAUCCAGCGGUUCUUCCAAUGACAACCGAAACUAUCGGUACAGCAACCGAUACUACAACAGCGCCAUCACACACACAGACUACGAGAUGCAGAGCCCGCAGGCUCCGUCUCAGCAGCAGUUGCGUAUCUGGCCGGGAAGUGACAGCAGCGACUCGUCGUACCCGCAGCUCCUGCUGCACAAACCGGCCGCCACGCAGCAGCGGCACUUCCUGGGCGGAGCGGGCAUGAUGGAGACACUGCACCCUCACCCCGUCUACGGCCGCCAGCUUCGUCAGCAGGGCCCGGCCCAGGGUCAAGGGUCGCAAGUUCAAGGCUCGCAAGGCCAAGUCUCGCAAAGUCAGGCGAUGAUGUCGUCGCCGCCGCCGCCGUCGUCGCAAGUGCAGGACAGCAUCGAGCUGAGUCUUGGCGGCCAUCAUCAUCACCACCAUCACCAAUUGGCUCAGUCUUCCUUGGCUCCGCCCCUUUCUCUUCCUCCGUCGAGCCUGGACUCCAGCCAGUACGGCUCCUCCAACCUCCACCUGGGAAUCUCCGCCUUUCGGACUAGAACGGCCUCUCAGACGCAGCAGAUCGCACAAGCCCCGCCCACUCAGGACAGCAUGGGCUACGUCCCACCCUGUUACCCUGGAAACAACAAUAACAACCCACCACAGGGAGGCGGGGUAAUCACCGGAGCACCGCCCAGAGGCGGGGUUAGACCCGAUUCGUCGGAGGAUUCCAUCAUGAUGGGAGGCGGGGGGGGCGGAGGCGGGCAGAGCGCGGCCAACUCUUGAUAAAUCUUGAACAAAUUACGCAAAGCCAUACACGAAAAAAUUGAAAAAACAAAAAAAUUUUAACGUAAAUGAUUUAAAAAAAAUUUAAAAAACAAAACACACAUGUAGUACACACACACACACACACACACAAACACACACACACACACACAAAACCACCACACAGAGAAAAAACUUGUGAAAUUUUUAAUUUUUGUUUGUUUUUGUUUUGCAUGGGGAGGAGACGAGGGAGAAGGAAAUAACAUUGUUCAGUUUUAUUUUGUUUUAUUUUAUGUUUGAAUGAAGUGAGCGGAGGGUUUAGCUGUCAGAGAGCUUCAGGUUUGUUUUUAUUACUAUUAUUAUUAUUAUUAUUGGAUUUUAUGUGGUUUAAGGAUAGGUUUGCAGCGAGAGAUUUUUUUGGUUGAAACUUUUUUUUGUUUGUUUCCGAGGCACAGAACGUUGAAGACUAACGUUGGAUCGGAACGAUGAAUGUUAGAGAAAAGCAGGAAGAGAGAGAGAGAGAGAGAGAGAAACAGCACCAUGUAUCUCGGCACUUGUCGAUGAUCAGUUAUACGAUAUAUCGCAAUAUUCAUCCUGCGUAAUAUCGUUAUUGUAGACCUUUUUAAACCACUGGAGAUUAAAUAUCUUUUUUUAAAGUAGAAGAAACACAGCUGUUUAUUACAGGUCUUUGAUUCGGACAUGUUUUAAAGUGGCGCACCCUGCUGCCCCGGCGCAGAACUGCAAGGAAAACAUGUUCACGUAUAAAAACUGUCUCUGAAAUUCUACAAUAAUUAAAGUUCUAGAAACACAUUUUAUAACAUCUUUUAAAAAAAAAAAUAAAUACGUAAAAAUGUCAUAAGUGAGAAAAUCAGUCAUGACAUGAAAACUGUCGUCAGAACCGAGGAGCGAUUUAUAUCUCCUGGUCCCACAACAAUGAACACUAAUAUCGCAAUAUAUCGUAUAACUAUUGUAUACACACACACACACACACACACACACACACACACACACACAGGUGGAGAUGACGGUGAUAAUUCACAUUUGUGCCGAGGAACACUAGCAGGUGAGAGAGAGAGAGAGAGAGAAGGAUUCUGUAUGAUUUAUAUUAUUGUUGUUUUUCUGAAGUCUAGCGGUGAGUGUAUAAUGUUUAUAAAUUAAUUUAUUAAGAGUCACUACAGAGAGAGAGAGAGAGAGAGAGAGAGAGAGAGAUGGAAGAAUCAGGGAGUAAGAUAGAGAAAGGAGGGUGUGGUGUUUUGUUUUUUUAUUUAUUGGAUGUGUUAUUUAUUAUUUUGACAGACAGGUGAAACACACACACUUUUGUUACUUUUUUGUUUUGUUUUUUGUUUCCAGUCUCGUUGGCUGACACACUGGCUUCUCUGAUCUCAAACUCUGAAACAAAUAAAAUGAAGCAAAUGACAGAAACCGUAGUCACACACACACACACACACACACACACACACACACACACACAGGAGGAAGUGAUACAGCAACAAAAACAAAACCAUGACAAAGCGCUCGGCCACACGGAAAAACCAAAAUGCUUCCCUGUUUGUUUUUUUUUUGUUUGUUUAUUUUGUUUGUUUUUUAAAAACUCGUCUGCCUUCUUCUUCAUCAGACUCUCACUCCUGUCUCACCUUCAUCC